AUGUCCUCAGUCGAGGACACCGAUCAAGCCAUGAACGGUGCCGAUAAGGCUCUUCUGCGUUACUGGCUUGAGAAGGCGAGUCAGAUCAUGGUCAUCGACCCGGACAUCAACCCAUGGUCCUUUCCGAUUCUUGAGCACGCCAAGCGUGCCCCGUCACUCAUUCGUACUCUUCAGAGCGUAGGCGCCGCCCACCAGCAAUUUUUCGACCCGUCCAAGCUAGCGAGAUGUCUUGAGGAACGAAGCUGCGCGUUGAAGCUCGUACAGAAAGAGCUCACGACCAGACAAGCGGAAGACUUGUUCCCGGUGUUCCUUACAGUGUUCGUACUCGGACUGUCGACAGCAUGGAUCAAUGACCCCGGGCCGGAGUGGGGGUACGAGCAUCUUCGGGGUGCGCGGGCCAUUAUUAACAUGAUUCUGCACCAGGAGGAGAGUUCUCCGUUCUGCGAAUUUAUGAUAGAAGCGUAUCUCUACUGGGACAUGGCAUGUGCCUUUCUGGUGCCGUCCCACUUACAUGAACCCCUCAACACCCCAGAAAUGUUCGCAGCGGUAUCAAGAUGUGCUCAAAAGUACCACCCCAUUGGAGGCUAUGCCAUCGAGAUAUUCUAUCUUCUUGGAAGCCUUGGCCGAUACUGUAGGAUGGUGGUUGACACUGGUAUUCGAGAUCUUGUUCUGGAGGCCACAUUUGAAGAACAAUUGACAGAAUGGGAGCCAAACCGAGAAAACAUUGAGCUCGGCUGGAUAAGUGAUGCAUUCCGGUAUCAUGGCUUGAUAAACCUUCAUGCUAUUUGCUACCGGCGUCCCGACAGGCACCGAGAAGCGGACCAAAUGGGUUACGACGCCAUUACAGACCUGUUUAAUGCUGAAUCACAUCUCGACAGCACUGCGCAGUCAGUGAUGCCCGAACAGAGUACUCGAAUUUACGCGCUCCACGUCGUACGAACUCUGACACAGAUCCCAUCCAGCCAUCCCUGCACGAAUAUUCAAGCCAUACCGCUUUUGACAGCUGGCUCAGAGCUGACUGCGGAAGAUUGUGUUGAACGUGAAUUAGUCCGUCAACGAUUUCAAGCCAUGUAUUCUCUAAAUCAUCUUCGAGCAAAUCUUGCAUCGUUACACCUAUUGGAAGACCUGUGGGCUCUUCGGGAUGCCGGGCAGACGGUAACAUGGCUGGACUUGAUGUUAAGCAGGAGCUGGCUGCUCAUGCUGGGUUAA